AUGCCGAGCACGCUCGGCAAACACCGCGCGUGUCUUUUCUUUUUCUUUGAGAUUGUCUUUGGAGAAUUCUCGGUUGACAAGGCUCAAAAAGCCGGCAAGCGCACAAGUGUUGUCCCGCCAAAAAGACGUGGUCCGGUCCUCAGAGUCAAUGAUGAUAAUGAUGACUGGAGGAGGAUCGUCCGCAACUUCACCCCUUCAUAUUUCUCGGUCACGAUGGGGACAGGCAUUGUAUCAAAUACACUCCCCUAUAAUGCUCAAUGGCUAUACUGGAUCUCUGUCGUCAUCUUCGCUAUCAAUGUUCUCCUCUUCAUCACAGGAUGUAUCAUCAGCUUCUUGCGCUAUACGCUGUAUCCGGAGAUCUUCGGGGCUAUGAUCGUCCAUCCCGUGUGA